ACAGCAGCCCCCCCCCUCCCCUCCUCCCCCCCGGCAGCCAGACGGCGAUGGCAGACUCCGGACGUAUCGAUGAAGUCGCAGUGAUCGGUAACACCGACGUAACUUCAACCGAAUCCGAGAACAACAUUAUAAACACGAUGGUGGAAAGAGGUACGAGUCUGUUGAAAAAAAUGGAGAUAAAUGUGGCGGAGGCCGAGAAGAGAACCGGGAAGAACACGGUGAACAUGCAGGAAACGUACACGGUUUACCUCAUAGAAAUACGGCCAGCUGAAACGGUUCCAGAGGGGGAGACUCCCACCGCACCUGACACUUUGUGGAGACGCUACAGUGAUUUUGAGUUGCUCAGGACAUACCUCCUGGUCACCCACCCCUACAUCAUCGUCCCUCCGCUACCAGAGAAAAGGGCAGAGUUUGUGUGGCACAAACUGGCAGCUGACAACCUCGACCCAGACUUUGUUGAGCGAAGGAGAGUCGGCCUGGAGAACUUCCUGCUACGGGUUGCAUCGCAUCCCGUCCUUUCCAACGACAAAAUCUUCUUCCUCUUCCUGACCGAGGAGAAAGGUUGGAGGGAGGCGGUUUUGGAGACCGGUUUCCAAGACAAGGUUGACUCCAGAAUAAAGUCUCUGAGUGCCAUGUACAGAGUCAAGAACCCUGACAAGCGAUUCACAGAACUGAAACUCUACAGCGAUGAACUGAACUCUGUCAUCUCUCAGUUACUGAGGGUGCGGGCGAAAGUAGCAGACAGGCUGUAUGGCGUUUACAAGGUCCACGGUAACUACGGCAGAGUAUUCAGCGAGUGGAGCGCUAUUGAAAAAGAGAUGGGGGAUGGACUACAGAGUGCGGGACACCACAUGGACACGUAUGCCGCAUCAAUAGAUGACAUUCUAGAGGAAGAAGAGCACUACGCAGACCAACUGAAAGAAUACCUGUUCUACACUGAUGCUGUCAGGUCAGUGUGUAGGAAGCAUGAGCUGAUCCAGUAUGAGUUGGAGAUGGUGGCUCAGGACCUCAUCCAUAAGAAACAACAGAAAGAGGAUCUGACCACUGGGACGGUACGCGUCUUCUCUCUGAAGGGGAUGACCAGUAAACUGUUCGGCCAAGAGAGCCAGGAGCAGAGGGAGAGCAGGUUGGCCGCCCUGGAUCAGAGUAUCCGUGAAGGAGAGGAAACGCUCAAGGAAAAGAACACAGAGUGCCAAGAGUUUGUGCGAACGGCCUGCGAAGACAUUGAACGUUUCAAGGAACAGAAGGACAGAGACUUGCGCGAAGCACUAAUUAGCUAUGCCAUCAUGCAGAUCAGCAUGUGUAAGAAGGGAAUCCAGGUGUGGUCCAACGCCAAGGAGUGUUUCAACAAAAUGUGAGCCACCGUCCAGCUAAUAACUCUUACACAAUCGGCAAACCGUUAAACUACAGUAUUACGGAAACUGUCCAUGGGAUCCAAGAAUACUGAGCUCACUUGGUUUCCUGAGUUGUAUGAUUCUGUCUCGGAAAAAAACAAGAGUUAUUUAGUGGACCCACGUCUUUUUUUAAGUCCAAGUGUCUUCAACAGCACCGUACCCAUGGCCAUUUCAUCAUGUAGCUCUCCUACUACACAUGACCCACACUUCUAAUACCCUUCCCUCCUUCCUUGCACCGAUCAUGCAUCCUUAUGCACUUAUGCAUGAUAGUUGCCUAUUGGGAAAAGCAUUGCUGUGCAGUGUAUUUCAGUUACACUCCCCUUCCCAAAUGUAGCAGACCUGGACAAUGACAUCAAAGGGCAGGUUUUUGGGGGAAUGUGUGCGAGAGCUGUUGCCAGCAAUAUUUCCAGAAGAAUCUUUCUACCACUACUUCUUCCCUGCGUCAAAUAAGAGGUUUAUGAUCUUGAAAGACUAUUAAAUAAAAGUAGAGUGGAGGUUUAUCGAAACUAAGAAAUCCUAUUUUAAGGAAAAGAAACACGGACCACUCCCUUUUCUUCUGAAGUCAGUCUUAAUGCUGUCAUUAAUUAAUAGCUGACCAAACCGCUUCUAACCAAGUACUAGUCUGUAUAGUGGAGAGCACAGCAGCGAGCCAUGAGUAAUAAUAAAGUCACGAAAGCCUCACAAGGUUUCGAUUACAGCUGAGACUCUUUUUCUGAACCUACUAAAUGGAGACUUUCUUUUUUUUUCUUUCUUCUUUUUCUUGGGACAUAAUCAUUGCAUCUGAUGUACUAAGUGCAACCAUAAGUGCCUGACAGACAAGUUCUUGUUGCUUUCAAGCGUUAUAGCCUUAAUAUGAACAUCAGUCUCGUGAAACACUUUGUGCCCACUGUCCAUCCACCUCGCCUCUUUUUCUGAUGUUAAUGUAUUGCACUAAAUAAAAGACGUGAGUUUCAGACAAGCCUCAGAUCGAUAUUGAUGAAACAAUACUGACCAAAGAGUGGACAUCUCUUUUGUUGGAUCUUCAAAUUGUUGCUUAAUACAUGUAAUUACCCAAUGAUGUCGAACUUUUGCUGCCUUAAUAUGAUGUCCACCUGAGCAGGAAGGAAACGGGCCUGUAAAAGUCGUGCAGGGGUACUUUCCUAAACCUGCCGUCUGAUAAUCAGUUUACUGAAAUGAUGCCAAAUUAAAGCUUUAUGUUUUUUUUUUUUUUUUAAUAAACUUGUCAAUUGAGAUUGUUUUCAAGUUUAUGUAAUCAUUGUGCUAAAACACUAAUAAACAUAUUUUGCUUUUUUUAAACUA